AGAGAGAGAGAGAGAGAGAGAUCCCUGUGGACUGUACAUAUUGCAUAAGGGAAGAAGGAACCCACGGACUCAAUCCAGCCUGUAGGAUCAACUCAAUUUGUGUCUGCGUGGCUGUGACUAUAGAAUGUAGCUUUCUUUCCUCACUUUUAUUCCUGAAGAAAACAAGAUAAAAUGGGAGAAGUUCAAAAGGGCUUGUUCUCGGUCCUCCAGAAGCUGAAAGGCGCUCCAGAGCAGGAGUUGAGAAUAGUUCUCUUGGGCCUGGACAAUGCAGGGAAAACAACAUUACUGAAGAAACUGGCUUCAGAAGACGUUAGCACCAUUACGCCAACACAGGGCUUCAACAUUAAAAGUGUGGCUUCUAAUGGUAUGAAACUGAACGUCUGGGAUAUUGGAGGUCAAAGGAAGAUUCGGCCUUUUUGGAAGAAAUAUUUAGAGAACACAGACUUGUUGAUUUACGUCAUAGACAGCGCAGACAAGAAACGUUUUGAAGAAACAGGACAGGAGUUAUCUGAUCUUAUCGAAGAAGAUAAUCUGAAGGCAGUUCCAGUGCUUAUCUUUGCUAACAAGCAGGACCUGGUGACAGCAGCUCCGGCGAGCGAAAUCGCUGAGGGGCUGAACCUCCACACGUACAGAGACAGGGAGUGGCAAAUCCAGGCCUGUGCUGCCCUGUCAGGGGAGGGGCUGCAGGAUGGAAUGAACUGGAUCUGCAACACCAUUGUGAAUAAGAAAAAGUAACCACAGCAUCACCCAAAACAACAGUACUCUCCUCAUUCUUAACUGUGUUUAAAUACUAAAAAAAACAGUUAAUCCCAAACUCUUUCUCUUGAAACUGUGUAUUCUGCAUUCAAUUCAGUCGAGAACAAACCAGUAACCUGUUGUAGUUAUUACAGACCACAAAUUAAUUAUUGAUAUUUGUAGGAAGAAUGCAGGACGCUUUGGCAUCUCUCUUUCCCUGAAAACUCACAGUGCAACAAGACUCUUGAAAGCAACAGUCAAUUAUGUUAACUAGUUUAACUGCACAUGUUUUGUUUUACCAAAAAGGUUUGGCUACUGAAGCCUACUGAUUGUGUCAAUUAAAACAAUCAAUUAUUUAUAA